CAAGUCUACGUACUUAGCUACUUACCUCGGUCGCCAUAUUUAAUUUGUUAAAAAGGCCGCCGACCAUUCGUUAUUUCGUAAGCAAGUUAGUUAGUAUAGUGUGUACCUGAAAUAUAGGAGUAAAAUCAAUAAAUCCUUUAUAUUUUGUAGUUUUAUAUUUAACAAUUAAUCACAAAAUGUCUGGAGGUAGUGGUGGUAGCAGAAAUGAAUGCAGAAUAUACGUUGGUAAUCUGCCCCCUGAUAUCAGGACAAAGGAUAUCCAAGAUCUUUUUUACAAAUUCGGCAAAGUAACGUUUGUUGAUUUGAAAAACAGAAAGGGACCACCAUUCGCUUUCGUUGAAUUUGAAGAUCCUCGUGACGCCGACGACGCGGUCCGCGCGCGCGACGGCUACGACUACGACGGGUACCGGCUGCGCGUAGAGUUCCCGCGCGGCGGCGGCGGAGGCGCGCGUGGCGGGCGCUCGCAGCCGGACCGCUUCGGCCCGCGACCGGCAGCGCGAGGCCCGCCCGCCCGGCGCUCCGAGUACCGCGUGCUCGUCACCGGCCUGCCACCUUCGGGCUCCUGGCAGGAUCUAAAGGAUCACAUGCGUGAAGCGGGCGACGUCUGCUUCGCGGACACGUUCAAGGACGGCACGGGCGUCGUCGAGUUCCUGCGACAUGAGGACAUGAAGUAUGCUGUGAAAAAACUUGACGACUCUCGUUUUAGAAGUCACGAGGGAGAGGUGUCAUACAUUCGCGUGAAGGAGGACUACGGCAGCGGCGGCGGCGGCGGCGGCGACCGAGACAGGUCGCGCUCGUACUCGCCGCGCUCGCCGUCGUACGCGCGGCGCCGCGGCUCGCCCACCUACUCGCCCGUGCGGCGCUCGUACUCGCGCUCGCGCUCCGCGUCGCCCGCGCCCGCGCCGCGCCGCGCCUACUAGCCGCCGCCGCCGCCCACAGCGGGCGCGGCGACGGCGGCGUCGGCGGACGAGGCUCCGCUCCCUCACUAGCGCACCAGCUGACUAUUGGCAUCCAAUAGCUAACUUUGUAAUCGUGACGAAUUGUAUCAAUUUCGAGAGUAUACACCGAAUAUUGUCGAAACUUGUUAGUUAUAUAUUUGACUUAAGCGAGGGCGCCCUUCGUUCGCUCCGAGCCGCCGGCUACAGGCGAUCGAAGAUUAAUAUAUUAUAUUUAAUGAAGUAGUCACAAAUGUUCAUAUUAUAUAUUUGUUUUAUUUUACUCACAUAUGACGAUUAAAUUUUUUAUAAUAUUAUGAGAACCCGGCGGGUCGGAGCGCGCCCGUAGAUGUAUAGAUUUAUAUCGAGCGGUUGAGAUCACUUGUAAUUAAAGAAUUUUCUUUUGUUUCAUCCACUGUGGAUUGGACUCGAUGGAUGUGCUUGGCUGGAGGUGUGGAACUGUGCAGUGAGGGUUCUGUAGGGGCUGUAGGGGGCUAGAGCGCGCACUCACUGAGGACUGCACGUCCGGGAUCUGCCUCUCUUGCUUUACACUUUAAACUUUCGGAUCGGAGGAACCGGACCGGAUCGGAUCGGAACGGAACCGAACGGAUCAGAUCGGAUCGUCCCGCGGUCGCCGCACGCCGGGAUCGCGGAACGUACGGAUUCUCAGGGUAUGAUUUUGAAAUUUUUGCCAAAUAACUUACGUCGAGUGCACGCUCCGUACCGGAAAAAUUAAUGUUUGUUUGACAUACCCUUAACACUAUCCGCUUCUCGAUGUCUGCGUUACUAGACGUAGGCCGGCGAGGCGACGGGCUCUGGCUUUGCUCAUUAGUCUCACCUAACAGUUGAUGUCAUUCGUAGCAUGCUUGUCGAGCUUGUAUCGGCCUGUGCCCGACUGGUUGUAGUGGUUGGAGCGACUGGAGUGAUCGAGGAUGAGUGUGGCGAUCGAACGAGAGGAUAGUGGCGAUGUAUUCCUGUUAUUCCGAGUGUCUAUCCACGUGAAAUUAAACAUUAGAUUUAAAGCGUUGUAUUUUCAUUUGAUGCGACCGAUCGUGUCGAUUAUUCGAUAUUGUAGUGUAAAUGUUCGAUUGUAAUUUAGGUACUGGAUCUGCAUUCCAAAGACCGACAGAGUUUGAUGGACUUUAAUAAAUUCAAUGGAAAUUA